AAAUGAAGGUAACCCGGACCAAGAAAACAGAAAAGCUACAGGCUAAAGGCCUAAAACAAGAGCCCAUAUCUAGCAAUCGUGUCGCUGCUGAUAUCACUCUGUUUUUGUUCCAGCCAGAUUUCAGAAGAGGUCUUGGCAAGUAAAGACAGGUGGGUGGGCGUGGCGAAAGACGUGAUUUUUGAAGCAUGAAGGUUAGUUAAGAGAACGAGAUUAAAGCUUUACGCUGCGCCACGUCUAUGGUGGCAGCUUCUACCAAGAAAAGUUGGUGGGAAACUUCCUUCUAAGCUCGCCGCUAUACUCUCUUCGUUUAAUAAGCACUCAUGGGAUUCUACUUUUAGGCUCUGAAACUCAAAACUAAAACCUCAGUCAACAUGAGCUACCAUCGUCUUGACAACCCUCCACCUCCACCAGGGCAUCCACCUUCAUAUCCUCCACCAGGCUAUCCACCACCUCCGCGAGCUGGUUAUCAAGAUUACUUCGAUGAGGGCUACCCUCCACCACCGCCUCCACCUCCACCUCCACCUCCUGUAACUUCUAUGGAGUACCGCCAAGAGGACGCUGGUUGCCGUUCAUUUCUGAAGGGAUGGUAUGUGAUCUUUAUUUUAUUUUCGAUUAAACGCUUUCUGAACAGGGCUGCUUAUCAAGAAAUUGUGUAUAUUCGUUGCAUCAACAAAAAUGAUCACGACUUGGUUAAUUCCUACACAAUCACUUCUCUCUUUCUCAUUGAAUGUUAACACAACCAAUUCAUCAUAUAACAUCUCUACACAUUUGUAUUGCAAGUUCAGGAAUCAUAUUUGUACUUGGUGUCACCUAAAUUCCAUUGGAUUACUUUACUGCACUAUAAUUUUCAAAAAAAGAAAAAUAUCAGAGAAUUUUCUGAAAUAACUUUCUAUAGAGCUGGCCUAAGUUGAAAAAGUUUGCACAGAGGAGCUUAUUAUCUGGUGAGUAUGUAGCCAACCUGUUUGGAAAAACUUCAAGCUGUAAGAGAAAAGAGAAGAAAUUCAGAUUUGGGCCUGCACUGAAAACCAAAAUCAAUGAUGAGUUAAAUAGAUAUGGCAACAUUUUGUAACUUAAUGACUUGAUUCUUCAAAAUGUGCUGCAUUUUUGUAGUCGUAUAUAAUUUCUUCCUUCAUCCUUGCAUUUGCAGUUUGGCUGCACUUUGUUGCUGCUGUAUGUUGGAAGAGUGCUGCCCCUAGGCCUUGUACUGCCACUGAUCAAAUACAUUUUAUACUAAAAUUAAAUAAUUCUGAUGUGUGUGUAUGUGUAUGGAUGAAAUGAAUAUUAUAAAUUGCAUAGUUAAUUUUUAUCUAC